AUGUCUUCUAAUAUAAAAGAAACAACUCACAAGGUUAUUCUACCCAUUAUUCAAGUCAACACUCCGGAUCAAUUUGGAAAACUACAUACCGUAAAUGCUUUAAUUGACUCCGGAAGUAUGUCAAACUUUAUUUCUGAAAGACUCUCAAAGAAAUUACAUCUUCCUCGAGAAUAUACAUCAUGUGUAGAGAUUCAAGGACUAAACUCGAUGACAUCUCUAUGUAAAAAGGGAUCAAUUCAUUGUUCCGUUCAACCCAUCCAUUCUCACCAACCAUCUUUUCAAUUUAAAGCAAUCAUCACACCAAGCAUUUGUUCCAACCAACCAUCCAUUUCAUCCAUUACCUCCAUGUAUUCACACCUAAAACACUUAAACAUAAAUCCAGAUAAAAACCUUACCACGAUAUCCGUCGAUCUCUUAUUGGGAGCUGAGCUGGUGCCUCAAAUAUUUACUGAUGGUCGCAUUCAGGGCGGACCUAAUGAGCCUAUUGCGGUUAAUUCCGUUUUCGGGUGGAUCAUAAUGGGAAAAUCUUCUAUUUCCAAUCCAAAUCAUCACUCAACUUGUCUUUCAACCACCAAUGCCUCGCUUGAAAAAUCGAUUCAAAGAUUUUGGGAAUUGGAAUCCAUACCAAAAGAAACAUCAUUAUCAAAAUCAGAAGAAAUGUGUGAAUCUCAUUUUAAAAAGAACUGUCAACUUACCUCCUCUGGUCGGUUUAUGGUUUCGUUGCCAUUCAAAACAAAGGAACCUGUUCUUGGAAAUUCUUAUACUAUGGCGUUAAAACGUUUUUUGUCAUUGGAAAAUCGACUCCUGAAAAAUCCUGCAUUAAAAGAUGAUUAUGUUAAAUUUAUGAAGGAUUAUCUUGAAUCUAAUCACAUGACACGUCUGUCAUCAUUAAAAUCUCCUUCUGAAAAAUCCUAUUAUAUACCACAUCAUUGUAUUGUUCGACCAGAGAGUCUUUCUACAAAACUUAGAGUGGUUUUUGACGCCUCUGCCAUAACGUCUAAUGGCAUAUCAUUAAAUGAUAAUUUAUUAAUUGGGCCCAAGCUUCAGCAGGAUAUCGUAAAAAUCUUAAUGUCAUUUAGAUGUUUCAACUAUGCAUUCAUCUGCGAUAUUAAGCAGAUGUAUCGGCAAAUUUUGAUAUCCCCUUCUGAUCGGCCGUUUCAGAAGAUCUUAUGGCGGUUCUCUCCUGCAGAACCGAUAGAGGAAUAUUGUUUAAACACGGUAACGUAUGGCGUAGCGUCGGCACCUUUUCUGGCUUUACGGACCUUAUUGGAAUUGGCCAACAAAUAUGAGAAUUACUAUCCUAGAGCAGCUACGGUUUUACGCAACCAUGUGUAUGUGGAUGACAUCGUUGCAGGGGCCCAAUCGAUAAAUGAAGCUUUGAAAGUACAGCAGGAAUUGAUUGAUCUAUUGGGAAGAGGAAGCUUUGAGCUAAGAAAAUGGGCGAGCAAUUGUAAAGAAAUAUUACGUUCUGUGUCCAAUACUGGUGCAUAG